UAGAUAAAAUAUACAACAAGAAAAUAUCUUGGCUGUGUCUCUUGUAUGGCUAAGACAUAAUAACUAGUGUUACCGUUUGGUUAGUUAGUUAUUCUACAAACAUACAAUGUUGUUGCAACUUCAUCUUUCCACACCCGUGGUUCAUACAAGGAAUCGAUGCUAUGUCUUUUCUCAACACUACUACCACCAUCUCUCUUCUUCUAACCUUUUUCCCUUUUCCUUUUCUUCUCCAUCUUCAAUCUCAUUCACUUCUCAUUUUUGUCUUCCUUCAUCAUCAACAACCGUCGACUCCACCGUCACCACCGAUGACCCGCCGGUCAGGUUGGUGGCUAUUGUUGGCCAUGGAGCUGUCAGCCCUCUAAACUCUGCUUCUUGGGAACAAGUCAUGCUUCACACUGCAAAAAGAUUGAAAUGGGUCGAUGAAGGGUAUGAACUUCUUGUAUUUACCGACGAGUGCAUUCAAUCUAAUGAACAAAUGGCCAUGAGACUCGAGAGAGAGUUACUGAAGGCUGAUAUAUUGGUGAUUGUUGCCAUUACAAACCAAGAGUCAGUUAACUGGAUUAAAAUCAGCAGCAAAACUAUUGAAAAUGUAAUAUGUUUUGACUCGUCAGCAGAUUUGAAGAACAGAUUAGGAGGCUAUGAUAUUCACAAUGAAGUGAGAGGAAGUAUUUUUGGAAAAAUAUUGGGGAGUUCCGAGUUAGAUAAAACUAAAGACUCAAAUGAAGUAGUGCAAACUGUAUCCGAAGCAUGGGAUCGACGUAGUUCUGAUGAUAUACGAUUCUGUUUGCUAUUGUUAAUCAAUGCUUAUAUAAGGCCAGUUCCAAUAUUGAAGAACUUGAGAGCAAAGGGUUUCUCAACUUUAAACUGUAUGUUGACGAACUGCGGCCGUCAAGUACUUAAUUGCUUGUUGGAUCCUAAUUGUAGAAAAGCUCUUCAAUGUUUAAAUAAGUGUAGUCCUGUUGAUCAAGUGUGUAAUUAUCGAUGUAUCGCUUCAUACGAAAGUGCAAAUCUGGAAGCCUUUUCACUUUGCGUGUUACAGAAAAACAACUGUCUUGAAUUGGAAGCAGAAGUCCCUACCAAGCCAUAUGUGCCUCCAAUGGUUGAAUUUCGCGGGCAGAACUUGAGUCACGAAAUUGCAGAAGAUUUGUUCGUUGGUUGGUUAGGAAGUUUGCAAUGGAGCUGGCGUGUCGUAGCGGGGCAGAAUCCAGCGUAUGAUCAAUUCCCAUGCCAAUAUCAGUUAUUUUAUAGAGGAAAAGCAAAAGGGUCAUUUUGGUAUGAACCGGUUUUUCAGGUAAAAACAUUUGAAGGCCAAAUGGUAUGGAGAAGAAGAAAAUAUAGGGUUAAGAGAGGUAAGAUGGUUGGAACAUUCUAUUUCAGUGUAUUAGAUAAUGGAGUGGUUUCAAAUGAGUUUUGGACAAUUGUGGAUGUAGCUGAAGAUCUAAGUUGGGGUUUGUUUCACUAUCAUGGAGCUGCUAGAGCUGCAGGGCAGUCUUAUACUGGGGCAGUACUUGUUAGUCCAGAUGGAGCAUUUCCAAAUGAAAGAGAGAAGAAAAAAAUAGUUGCUGCAUUAGAUAAAUGUGAAAUCAAAGAGUGGGAGCUUUAUUUUGUCGAUAAUUGUUCGUGCAUUGAUGCUCCAUUGGGAACUCCAGAGGGUUCAAGAUUACAUGCUGUAGUAAAAAUUGAUGAUCCAAAUUGGAUUCAUGUCUGAAAUUCUCAUUUUGGCAUAUCCUCUGAUGCAAUAUUCGAUGCAAGUUAACUUGUUCUGUUGCUCUGGUUAUUGUUUAAUAGCAUUCACCUUGUUAUCAGGGACUAUAAUCAAAUCAUGUAUAUUCCAGUUCUAUGAUGCAUGUUGAAAUGCAAACUUGUAGAUUGGAUCUCUAAAAUAUAUCUAUUUCAGAAGUGAUUCUGUGAAUCAAACAUGUUUAAGAACAAAUUACUUA